GGGACGCAUUCAGAGCUGACCAGAGCGCAAACCACUGCUACGCACUUUGUAACCGCUGCCCAGAGGCACAGAGUGGGCUGUCUGUGGCCGAUCAGAGCUAGAAGCCGUCUUUGAACCUAUGUGCCAAAACAAACGGACUUUCCUAUUUAUUGAUAGCUCCGUGAGCCGGCUGCAGAGCGAGUCUGAGAGCAGACACAGCGCGCCACCUGCUCCGAACUUACGGCUCCCGGGACGCGGGCCGCUGUGCGCUUUGGGUAUGGCGAAACUAGGGGAGCCGGCGGGCACACUGUGAGGGUCUUCUCCUCCCCCUGCCCGGACCCCGCGGGGGAGCGAAGGAUACAAGAGGGGCAAUUGGAUAGGCUCGGAAAGCCAGCACCGCAGCGUGGAAUGAGGCUGUCCGUGCUGCUGCUGCUCUUCAGCGGCUGCGCCCUGAUCCUCACCCCGGCCACCGACGGCUGCGGGCCGGGCAGAGGAUACGGCAGGGGACGGCGCCCCAGGAAGCUCAGCCCACUCGCCUACAAGCAGUUCAGCCCUAACGUGGCAGAGAAGACGCUGGGGGCUAGCGGUCGCUUUGAGGGCAAGAUCACGCGGAGUUCGGAGCGCUUCAAAGAGCUCAUCCCCAACUACAAUCCGGACAUCAUAUUCAAGGACGAGGAGAAGACAGGCGCGGACCGGCUUAUGACCCAGCGCUGCAAGGAUAAACUGAACUCACUGGCAAUCUCAGUGAUGAACCAGUGGACGGGGGUCAAGCUACGUGUGACGGAGGGCUGGGACGAAGACGGCCACCACUCUGAGGAGUCCCUGCACUACGAGGGUAGAGCUGUUGACAUCACCACAUCAGAUCGUGACCGAAGCAAAUACGGCAUGCUGGCGAGACUGGCAGUAGAGGCCGGCUUCGACUGGGUUUACUACGAGUCAAAAGGUCACGUCCACUGUUCCGUCAAAUCAGAGAACUCCGUGGCUGCCAAAACAGGGGGCUGCUUCCCUGGCAAAGCCUGGGUACGGCUGGAGAAUGGUACCCAGAAGCUUGUGAAGGACCUGCUUCCGGGAGAUCGGAUUUUAGCUGCUGCCGAGGGAUGGCAGCCAGUUUACAGCGAGUUCCUCACCUUCAUGGACCGGGACCCUUCAGCCAAGAAAGUGUUCUACACUAUAAAAACUCAGGAUGAGCCACCGAGGAGCCUCACCCUAACAGCAGCUCAUUUACUCUUUGUGGCCAGCAAUUGCUCUGACUCAAACCCUGUCCACUUCCAGACAAUGUUUGCCAGUGAGGUGCGGCCGGGGCUGUGUGCCCUGGUAUCAUCAGAUGGGCUGAAUCUGCAUCCUGCUCGAAUUGCAUCAGUGGCCACCCAGGAGGACAGCGGGGUCUAUGCACCACUCACACGCCAUGGGACACUGGUUGUGAACGAUGUGCUGGCCUCCUGUUAUGCAGCCUUAGACAAGCACAGCUGGGCACACUGGGCACUGGGGCCCCUGCGGCUUUUUUAUAGCCUAACUGGACUUCCUCGCGUGCAGCAGGAGGGGCUGCACUGGUACCCCCAGCUCCUUCACAAGCUCGGGGUGCUGCUUUUGAAUCCCGAGCACUAUCAUCCCUGGGGGAUGGCCGAGACUGAGAGAUGAAGCAUUUGGCAGCCUUACCCCUUAUCCUUUAAAGUCCCAUGGGAAUGACCUGCCAAUUUAUUUAUUUACACUAAAUCCAGCGAGGAUGCUUGCAGUUGCAGUCCCAGCCACACUGGGCUGUCCUCUCGGGAAGGCAGGGUCAACUCCAGCAGUAGGGGGCACAGGACUAGAGAUCCGUCAGCUGGACAUGUGGAGGGUCGUUUUGCUGAUUUAAAGACUCCUUAGGGUGUUUAGAGGUACCAAGAAAGAGACUUCUAUCUCCAUGUACAUUUGUGCCUAGAACGCAGGCCUCCAUUACUCUGAACCAUGCCAUCAUGGGGCAAGUGGCGUCAGCAUAUUUGUAUUGACACACUCACAGCACCUGCACACUUCCAUAUACAUUUCUGUUUUCACAAAAGUUUUGAAGAUGCACUUUCUCUGCAGGACUUCAUGUUUUGUCUGUUUGGCCUUCAAGAUAGUCCCUUCAACAGAAAUGUACCUCUAAGUACACAUAUAUAUAUAU